AUGGCUCGAUCUGACUCGCCGUCCGAUGACGAGUCACCUACGACUGAAGGCGCUCCGACAGCAGCGGCCUUCGCAGAUACCAUACUCGAGAGGAUGGCACAGCAAGACGCCGUCCAGAAGGCGACGAACGAGCAACUCGCCACCAUCGCCGCCAUCUUGGCUCCUUUGGCCGGAAACUCAGGAGAUCCGGCCUCGACGGUCCGAAAACAGCUGUUCGACACUUACCGAACAGCCGGCGCAGAAAACAUGAUGAACACAAACGUCGCCCAGGUUCAAACACCCGGUGGCGUAGAUCUCGUUACCAUCUGGGAACUCGCCGAGCUUAAGCAGUCGUUCCUGGACAUGAAAGACCGAAUGCUUGAAGGACCUACUUCGGCUCCGUUAAUCGAACGCGUCCUCGCCGAAACCCUAAAAACCCCCUUUUCUCGACGAAUCACCGACGUACGGUACCGACCAGCCGAGAAAAUCCGCCUUCCGACUUUCGCCGGAAAGGCAGACCCGACUGACCAUAUCACUGCAUUCAACAUCGCGAUGGGUCAAACUAACUUUUCCGAUGAGGAAAGAGACGCUGGCUAUUGUCGGCUCUUCGUCGAGAGUCUUCAAGGACCAGCCCUUGGAUUGUUCACUGGAUUGGAACGAGAUUCCAUCAACGACUUUCACGACCUGACGUCCGUGUUCCUCAAGCAGUACAUUAUGUUUACGAGACAAGGAGCGACCCUAUCCGACCUUUGGAACCUAUCUCAGGGAGCGAACCAAAGUCUCCGCGACUUCAUUGAGAAGUUCAAAGCUGUCGCUUCGAAGGUGCAUAUCCCGGACAGCAUCGUCGUUGACGCGUUGAUGAAUACCCUCUACUUCAAGUCCUUGUUUCGCGAGGAUCUCUACAGAAACCCCACCAAGUCGCUUCAAGACGCUAUCGCAAGGUCGAACAACUUCAUCCGAAUGGAAGAAGACACAACAACGAUACUCAAGAAAAUGAAUGCGGCCGCUAAACCGACGACUGCUCCAAAAGCUCCUGAGGCACGCCAAGAACCCCGACAGUACGCCACGGGCAACAAGUCUAAUCAUCAGAAAAGCUUCGUCUAUGUCGUCGAAGGUAGAAACCCGCCCCCGGGAUCGACUGUCAUCGUGCGCGAGAAGGGUUGGAACGUCUGGGAGAACGACGAGAAGCCGUAG